UUAACUCUGGUUGCUAGUUGCUGGAUAGAUAAAUAUCUUCUUGCGCCUCUUCUCUCCCACCAGGCGUGAGACUGGCUAUGGUCUGAAUGCCUUGUCCCUCUCACUCAGCUUCUCUUCUUCUUUUUUCCCCUCCUCUGGGAGCGCGCCAGCAAGAUUUUCGGACCAACUCUCCAGCUCUUUAACAGGAGUCCUGGUGCACUCCAUCGACGCUCCUUUGCAAAUCUCCGUGCUGCCCAAACACCCGCUCUCAAUGCCCCAAAGCCCAGGUAUUCAUUAGACUCUAAACACCGCGCAGUCUCCUCCGACUUCGAAAUCUUGAAAAUGGCCUUUUCCUCCUCUCAGCCAGCCGCAGGCUUUGGCAGCACCCAGGCGGGAAACGUUCAACUCGGCCCUGAGCUACAGGAAAUCCAGACUCAGGAAGUUGGCUUCCUCUCCAUCGCUGGAGACUCGAAAGUCAGACUUCUCCCCACGCCAUGGCCAAACGACGCUCUUCCUCCCCCCACUUGCUCUUUGUUGAGCGUAGCAUCUGUAAAAGGCCUGCUCGCGGCUGCUGGGCCUGAAGGUCUUGUAGUAGCAAGCACAGAUGCUGUCAGAAAGGCUUAUACCGCCGAUGCGACUGGAGACAGUAAUAUUAGGCCCUUUCAACCGCAACUACAAAUUUCGCUCCCACAAAAAGUGUCGCAUGUGGCAUUCUCCGCAGAUGAGAAUGUACUUGUUGUAGCUGCUGCAGAUGGCAGUGGCUUGAUUGCAUACGAAGUAGCGGCGUUGAUGCAAGGCAACUCACAAUCAGCCCUUACUCUUGCUUUGAAUGGUGCCAGGCUCCGAGCUCUGGCUCCAAACCCCGCGCUUGCAGAAUUGUUUGCCGCUGUAACUACGGAUGGCGAGCUGUUGAUGGCAAAUUUGCAAACUAAUCAGCUGGUUCAAGGCCCCUCGGGCCCUGUUUUAAAAGCCGGUGUGAGCUGUGUUUCAUGGAGUAACCGGGGGAAGCAAUUAGUGGCUGGAUUGGGGAAUGGAACUGCAUCUCAAAUGACUCCUGAAGGGGAACUGAAGGCGGAGAUCCCUCGACCUCCAGAUUUGGAUGGGGAUAAGCAUGUGUCUUCUAUUUCGUGGCUCGAGAAUAAUGUCUUUUUAAUUGUUUAUACCCCAACGUCUUCACCCGAAAGUCAACCGGAAUCAACAUACUACAUUAUAAAUCGCCAACCACCAGAUAAUUAUACAUUCCAAAAGCUUCCGGAGGUCUGCCCACCUUGGGGCCUUGAGCGGAACCCCGCCUACCAAUUUAUCUGCCGUUUGAGAGAUUUUAAGCCCGAUCUCAAAGAUGUAUUGAUUGUCUCUUCGACCGCUUCAACAGAUAUAGGCCUCUUUACGAAAUCUAGCAAACCACUAGCCGAGGAAGGGGGUACACCCGUCACUGAUGCAUUCACUGUUACGACAAUGUCCGAAGAUUCAAGGAGAGCCGAACUUCCCCUAACAGAUGAUUCGGAAAAUACUUCCCCUGUUGGGCUUGCAAUUGACUUGUCGAGUAAAGAUACUGUUUCCUCUCCCAUUCCUGGAGAAGAUAUUCAGGAUUCUGGAACUCCUCUACCCAUGAUUCUCGUUCUCAAUAAUGAUGGGGUAUUGUCGUCCUGGUGGUUUGUGUAUUCCGAGUCGGUUCGACAGCGCGUGCCAUAUCAUGAUCUUGUCGCAGCUGGGGGUGGACAACCGGUACAACAAGCACAACCACAGCAGACCGCUUUAGGCUCGUCGAUGUUAGGCCCUCAAACACCCAAGCCAGCUUUUGGGCAAUCCCCUUUCGGACAGUCCUUGCUCGGACAAUCUGCUUUCGGACUAUCGUCAACGUCUCCAUUUGGGUCUCCCUCGGGGCCAGGGGCCAAUCGACCGCCUCCUUUCGGGACCCCGUCUGCGCUUGGUUCACAAACUUCUUGGGGUACACAGGGAUUUACCCAGUCUCAAUCACCCAGCCAGCCAACUGGUGGUUUUAUCUCACUCACUCCUUCAUUUGGCAGUCCAAGCUUGUUGGGUCAGAGAUCCUCUCCGUUCGGUCAGCCACCUCUCGUGGGUAAAACAACCACUACAUCUCCAUUUGGGUCCGGGUUUGGCGCGUUUAGCGGUACUUCUGGCGAUGCAGGUACAGAUACGAGUAAAUUCUCCAGAAAACCAGUUAGUGGUUCCGGUGGAGGGUUCGGCUCAUUUGCAGCUGCUGGUGACAGUUUUGCUACUGUUAAAGCUACUCAGCCUUCCGGAGGGAGCAUUUUCGGAAAACCUCCUGCUGGUGAUAGCCCAUUUGCGAAAGCUGGACAGCCGCUUUUUGGUUCUGUGAACACUGUAUCAUCGCCUGCCCCCGCUUCGACGCAGCCAUCCCCUUUCGGAGCAUUCGAUCAGCGUUCUGGAUUCAAGCCAGACACGACGACCACCAUGGAUGAAGAUAAGCCAGAGGAAACAAAGGGGGCAUUUUCUUUUGCGGGUUUGAUGAACUUCGAUCAGGCCACUGAGAAAGAGCCCGUUGUCCAGCCUACAACUUCUCCUCCGCUAUCUUUACCUACCAUCGCCUCCCCUCCUCCUCCUCCCCCUCCUCCCGAACCAUCUAUCCCAGAAGCUCAAAAACCUCUAAGAGGUCUACCAACUCCCACAAAUUUGUUUGGUGCGACGCAGCCAUUGAAACCUUCGCCGCUCGCUCCAGCGAAGGAUUCAACAUCGCUCUUUGGAAAACUUCCGGCCUCUAUCGCACCACCUAAGGCCCCUGAACAGUCCUCACUACCGCCUCCUUCAUUACCAGAUGAAAGUAGCCUAUCGGAAUCUACAGUCAAAGUCGAACUACCUAGUGACCAGGAGGAGGCACCAAUGCCAAAAUUGGCUGAGCCCCCCCUCCCCCCGGAUCCAACAAGCAGAGCCACUUACGCCCCUGGAGAUACAUCAGCUUCUUCAUCGAACGUAUCCAAAGUUUCGUAUGAGGAAGCACCAUUGCCACCGGAUUUCAUCUCUUCAAUGAAGGCAGAGACUUUGAAAGAAGUUGCAGUUGCGUUGCCUGCAGAAUCUGAUCAAGAGGAAUCAGCGGAUUUUGAAGAUAGCGGAGAAGAAGUGGCUGGUGAAUUUAGUCCCGUAGAAGAGCCCGCCGAACAGCGCGUUCAAAGUCUUAAGACGUCGCCUGAAAGCUCAUUUGGUGGGCCUAUUCUGGGAAGUCCGGGUAGUUCUGUGUUCACAAAGACUCCGUCAUCGGUCCAGCAGCCAAAGGAAUCAAGGCAACUUUUCGGAGAAAUUACACAACCGAUUUUCCCCGCACCUGGGCUACCAGAUGGCCGCAUACGUUUAGCGCCAAGGUCACCGAGCCCAGUCCGUCGGGCUCUCCUAGGGCAAUCCUUAGCAAGAGAUGGCUUGCGAUCUACUAGCGCACCUAGCGCACCUGGUCGUGCUUUGGCUCAAAGAAAAGUGACUCUCGAGAGUUCUAUGCUAUCGAAACAAAUCACGCCACCAGCAGAUGAUGAAGACCAAACGGAAGAUCUUAGCCGCCAAGCCCAGCGGUUAGCGGCUGAAUCUCAACCACUGAGCGAGGAUGACGAGGAUGAGCAACUCCGGGCUGAUCUAGCGCGACCUCUAUCCCCAGCACCCACGUUGGAUCCCUUCCUUUCACAUCAGGAUUACACAGGAAAAAGUUUGAAGCCUGGAAUACCCGGGCAAAUUGAGCGGUUAUACCGCGAUAUCAACUCGAUGAUUGACACCCUAGGGAUCAAUUCAAGAUCUCUAUCGGCGUUCUUGCUAUAUCAACGCACAGCUAAAGAAUCCAAUUACGAAGACUGGCUAACCAUUCUGCAAAGUGAGCAGCCAAGUCAUAUUUUAGAAGAGCAGCUCCUUUUAUCCGAGGUCGACAAACUGGAGGCAGGUAUCAAGGCAUUAGAUACCUCACUACAGCAACAGCAAUUGCAAAAAGUCGAAGAAUCAUUGGAAACCUGCCAACGGCUCUUCAGCAAAGAUCUCGUGACUCUACGCGGCCAGUGCGCGAGCCUACGACGAACUAUUGACGCUCACGUCGACACUGUGGCCAUCGUUUCAGCGCCCCUCUCAGCCGACCAGGCCAUGUUGCAACAAGAUUUGCGACAAGCUUCCACGGCGGUACAAUCGAAAAUGGCCAAUCUAGAGAGAGAGAUUUCCAUCAUCCGCGCCAAGAUCGCCGAUUCCGCCAAACCAGAUUCCGACGGUACGAGCAUCAACGGCUCCGCCAGACGCAGGUCCAUGGCACGACCUACCGUCGAAGCUGUCACAUCAACCAUCGCGACCAUGACCAACAUGGCCGAGAAGAAAAGCGGUGACAUUGACGUUCUCGAAGCUCAACUUCGGAGGCUUGGCAUUGACGUCUCCGCCGCAAGUGGUCGUGGAGCGGGCCCAGGUUCUGCGAGAUCCAAAAGCCGUGAAGCUUCACCAUUCCUCACGCCGCCGCGGGGACAGCGGGGGCUUUCCAAGCUACCCGUCACGCCCGGCUCGCGGGGUUCCGUGGACGGCGCAGUUGGAGCGAGGAGCGCGUACCAUACCCCUGAGUCUGCUACGAGGGCUCAUGUACAUUUCCGGUCUAGUUUGCUUAGCAGUGCUGGGAAGAAGAGCUCGCUGCAGAAUGUUAGCGGGCCUGGUGAUUUAGUACUUGGGGCAGAGGAAGACACGCAUCGGUGGAUGGCUAAGAAUAAACGCCGACAGGAGAUUGUGGAGCAUGUGCGGACGGCAUUGGUGGAUCGGAGCUGGAAGGCCAAAGUGAGAGGGAUGGAUGAGAUAUGAUUUUUUUUUUUAUUUUUUUUUUUUUUUUUUGGAGGAAAAACAUGUGUUCUCCUGCUAUAUUUUGUAUUUUGAAGGAGGGAUGGAUGGAUGGGAAGGGUUUUCCAGUGUUUCAUUUCUAAUUUGUCAGAGGCUUGCUUGUUCUCAAUCAACCAAACUUGAUAUUUGAAUAGAAUGAACCCCCCCGUCUUAUCUUUUUUCUUUUACUUUUCUCUUCCCUUUUAUACCCUACUUUAUUAUGUUCUGAGCUGUCAGUGUUUUUUUGUUUUCUUUUUUCCUUACUCGAGCAGGGUACGUUUGAAUAGCAGUAUGCUACGUACCACACCCUCGCACCAUUGACAUAAGUGGCAAGUGAAUGGUUUUCUUCAUCCUGUCUAAGUGUGAUGGCAAGACUUCAUUUUAACCUGAACCGCAGCGAACCAUUAGAACCCUAGCUAGCGCAAGUAGGUCACUUUUGUCUCCACUGUACUCCGUAGGCUGUCAGUAAAAGUGAAAGCAUUGAAUGCACUUAGCUGUGUUGGCGUAUCGAGCGGCAUUUAUUCAACCUUUUUCUACUCCGUACAUCAAGGCACAUAUGUGGGUUACACUAAAACGCGGCUAGAAGAGUUGAAAGGGGCGGUUAGGAGAAGAAACUCUUGCUGUCAUCAGCGUACCAAUCAAUAACUAUAUCAGUCUGGAUUGAACGGUUUCUUUCCCUCUGCUUCACUGUAUGGCUGAUAGUAAGAUUUGUUCUUCAACCCACCGGGCAUUGAGAUGUUCAGCCCUCUAGAUGAAAAGAACAACAAUA